UGUUUUGUUUUUUUGAGAAAAAUGAAAACAACAUUAGAUGUGAAGUGCGAGAUUUUAUUGAUAGAUUUUUCUAAAAUGUGCUUAAUUUACUAAGCCAUGACUCAAAAUGUAUAAAAAACUGAAGUGAUUUUAAUCGUUUUUAUUUUUUAAAAAUCAUUUGUUUCUUUAAACUUGUGCAGAAAUUAACUUGCUGAAAGUGAGAUUGAUUUGCAGAUGAUCUUGCUCUUCUUACAUUAUGGAAUUGUAUAAAAAGUUUCAAGCAUGACAACUGAACCUUCAGUACAUUUAGUUAAGGCAUUAUAUGAUUAUAAAGCUUCAAAUAAUGAUGAACUUUGCUUAAAAAAAGGAGAUGUAGUUACAGUUACUCAAGCACUUGAAGGUGGUUGGUGGGAAGGAACCUUAAAUGGAGUAACUGGCUGGUUUCCAAGCAACUAUGUGAAAGAACUUAAAACAGGAAUUGAGAAAUCUGAAAAAUAUAAUAGCCUGCCUAUUGAAGUGCCUUCUUCACCAAAUUUAAAUGAUGUUAAAUUGUAUAGAGAAAUUGUUUUCCAAGAUAUUAUGGAAAGUGAAAAUGAAUAUUUAUCAGAGUUGCAGUUUCUGGUUAACAAUUAUGUUUUAACUCUCAAAGGAAGUGAUAUUUUGACAGAAAUUGAAUAUAAUUAUUUAGUUAAUAAUCUGGAAGAUGUUUGUGCCUGCAGUGUAGUAUUAGUUCAUAUGUUAGAAGAUGUCAAACGUACGUCACCUGAGAAUCAAAGAAUUGGUGCUGAAUUCAUCAGAGUUUAUGUUUAUGUUAAAAAAAUAUUUCUGGAUUAUGCUUCUGGUCAUCCUAAAGCAGUAGCUGUUAUUGAAAAGCAUAAAAAGCCUUUGGAAGAUUUUAUGGAAAAACGUGGUGCCCCUCCUCCAGGACUCCUAACUUUAAUUACUGGUUUAAGUAAACCAUUCAGAAGACUUGAAAAAUAUGCUGCUGCUCUGUUAGAACUCUUAAGGCAUACCCAGGAAAGUCACAUUGACAGGGGUGAUACUCAAAGAGCUGCGUCUUUAUACAGUGACAUAGCUAAUGUUUGCUCAAAUGUAAGGAAACAGAAAGAAAUGGAAUUAGAAAUAAUAUCUGGGAACAUUCAAUGUUGGGAAGGAGAGGGAAUUCAUACGCUAGGAAAUAUCGUUUAUAUGGGAACAGUUACAUUUCUCACUGAUGAUCAGCAGAAAAGUAGUCAGUUUUUAGUGUUAUUUCCAGAAACAUUAGUCAUUUUAAGUGCAAAGAUAGGAACUUUCACAUAUGAGGGUAGACUCCCACUCUAUGCUAUCACUGUGAGAAAAAUUGAACCAUCAGAAGGUCUACAGUUUGCAUUUGAAAUAAAUGGAAACUUGAUGCAGCGUAUUAUUGUCAUUUGUCCAUCACCAGAAAGUUUCAAACAGUGGAUGAACUCUUUUCCAAAUCAUAUCAUUAGAAGCCCAGUAUCAUUAUUAAGCUCCAGAUGCAGCACACUACCCCGCGCCAACUCAUCCCAAGCAUCUCAAAUGCAAACUUCCUACUCUCCUGCCCAUUCUACUCGAAGUCUACAAACAAAUUCUUCCAGAAGCAUAUCCCCUGAAGAUAAGUCAAAUCGCAAUUCUUCUUCAUCUCGUCCAACUUCUAAAAAGUUCUGGACCAACUGGAACUUACGACCUCAUCCUCCCUUAAGAGCUAGUCUGACAUUACAGAAUGAAGUUAAGCUAAGAAGAAAUAACAGCUGUAAUAAAGAAAAAGAUCAUGAAUCAGAAGGUGAUAUACCAGUCCGCCAUAUGAUGGAAACUUUAAAUAUCUAUGACAGAACUCGAAAUACUCUACCACUAGCUACUGCCAGUGCACCUCCGAGACUAAACUUCGUUGAAGAUAAAAUAAUAAUCGAUGGUUUUGAUGGUGACGGAACAGAAAUCAAAGAAAAAUCUCUUGUUGAUACUGUAUACAUGUUGAAGGACCAAAUACUUGAACUGAAAGGGGAAGUUGCUACUUUAAACAAAGCCUUGCAGGAAGAGACAAAAGCAAGAAAAAAGCUAGAAAACUUUAUUAAACAAAAUCUUCCAGGUCAUGAAAGUACUUCAUAUACUAGUCUUGAUGGCUGAUUUAUUUCAACAAUCAAAGAAGCAAGAAAGCUCAGGGAUAUUAGAUGAUAGAAAACGUGGUAUGAAAUAUAUAUUGAAAUGCUACUGUGAUUUAGUUUUAUUUUAUUACUCUCUUGUUUAAGAAUUCCUCAAACUUUUUCUUUAGUCUAUUUACUUCAUUGGCUUACUGCUUUUAUUAUCCAUAAGAAUGUAAAAUAAUUACAUCGGUAAA